CACUGGGUGCACGGAAAGUGUGAGAUUGUUCUGGUCUACCCCAUGACUCAGCAGGAGCAUCAUUAGGAGGCCUCCUCUGUCUUGGCUUACUGUUUUCAGAAAUGAGGAAACGUCUGAUCCAAGUGUUUGGCUUCUUGAUCUCGACGCUGGGAUGGCUGUUUGUGCUGUGCACCAUGGCCAUGGACUAUUGGAGGAUCACCCAAAUAGGUGGGCAAGGAGGCUCCUUCAUCAUCAAGGUGGCCUGGUACUGGUCCAACCUGUGGAAGGACUGCUUCACCGACUCCACAGCGGUGACUAACUGCAGAGACUACCCAGUCCUCUGGUCUGUCACUGCUUAUGUCCAGGGAGUGCGAGGCCUGCUGAUGUGUGGCUUGACUCUUGGAUUCUUUGCUGCAGUGCUUUGCUUUAUCGGGAUGGAAUGCACUUAUAUAGGUGGAGCGGAUAAAACCAAGGACAAAGUACUGUUUGCUGGAGCAGUGUUUCAUUUUGUUGGUGGUGUGUCAGACAUCGCUGCCUACUGCUUAUACAUCAACAGGAUCGCCAGGACAAGUUUUGCUGCCAGUUUACAACCAGGAGUCUUACGGUAUGACAUAGGAACCCCCAUAUUCCUUGGAUUAGUGGGAUGUUUUUUCAUCCUUUUGGGAGCCGUACUUUACGCUGUAACCGUCUACAAAGCAAUCCUCCCUGAAAGUAGAGUGAUAUACACCUAUGGAGGACGAACAUACAUGGUCCCUCGCUCCGGAGGCAGAACCCAGUACACAGGAUACUACAGACCGUCCAGACAGUACGGAUAUUACAUGGGCUCAGGACGAUCCAGCAGCUCCAAAAUCUCAAAGCUCUCGCAGACGACACCAGAGAAAAUGUCACAAAGAGAUGCAUUUGUGUAGUGAUUAUAAAUGUGGAUAACCAAUGGUCAGCCUAGCUGGGAUGAGGGUCUGAUUUAAAUGAGGCCAUAUUACUUUUGUUCAUAAAGGACCUUACCAGUGAUUUUUAGCAUAAUAUCUACAAACUGUAUAUACUUCACGUUUCUGCUAAUCUUUUUGCAAAGAGAGGAGUUGUAUUUUAGAACUCCAAGAUUAUUUUCCUAUCUUUUAUCAAGACAUUGGUUUCCCUUUAUCUCACUACGAUAUGGAAAUUAACUUUCAGAGACGCUGCCAUCACCAUAAUAAAGUCAUCCAUGGUAGUUUUCCUAAAAGCAGCAGUACUGUUGAGUUUGGAUGCCUUGAAAUUGGCCAAGUUCAUGUGGAAAGAUUUAUUUUACACAGUGAAUUAUCAGUUGCAUGGUUUAUAAAUGGUGACUUUAUUAGCUAAGGAAAAAGAACUUUAUAAGUUGGGUGUCUCAACCAAAAAUGUACAUGUGAAAAUUAAGGGAUUUUAAUGAUAUGCUGUGAAACCUCUUGAAACCCCAUGAUUUUUAAAAUGGUUUGUUGUGAUGUAGAAUGCAGGUAAAUUGGGGUAAAUGGGCCAAACAUUCAGCAUCACCAUUAUGGCCCUUUAAGCUGUCUCCUCAACGCACCUCAUG